AUGGGCAAAUCCGAAGAUGUCGUCGUUGCUGGGACUCGACUGAUGGCCGACGCUUCCAUCCACGGCAAAGCACUUGUGGUUGGACCCCGUGUCAAGAUUGACGGCAAGUGGAAGCUGUUGCCGAAGAGUAAUGAGGGCGUCUCGGAGCAGGCUGUGUGGGAAGUGCUUGGAGAUGAUUUUACGGAAGUUGAUACCUUCACACGUCGAUUCGUCUCAGUGUUGAACGCGGUUGAGCGCGUACGAGGCUGGUAUGGCUGGGGUUAUGACAUGGCGAAGGCUAUCGCAUACCCGCUGGGGACGUGGUGGAGUCGAAGAUGA